GCCAUGGGGACACCAGUGGGCCUCAGGGUGGGGUUGGGGACACCAGUGGGCUCCAUGGGGUUGGUGGCACCAGUGGGGGCCAUGGGGACACCAGUGAGCCUCAGUGUGAGGUCCAUAUGGACACCAGUGGGUGCCAUGGGGACACCAGUAGGGGCCAUGGGGACACCAGUGGGCCCCAGGGUGGGGUUGAGGACACCAGUGGGCUCCAUGGGGUUGGUGGCACCAGUGGGGGCCACGGGGACACCAGUAGGGGUCAUGGGGACACCGGUGGGUGCCAUGGGGACACCAGUGAGCCCCAGUGUGGGGUCCAUAGGGACACCAGUGGGUCCCAACAUGGGGCUGGUGACACCAGUGGGGUCCAAGUUGGGGUUGGGGACACCAACGGGCUCCGUGGGGCUGAGGACAGGAGUGAGCUCCGGAGUGGGGACACCGAUGUGUUCUGUGGGGACGAGGACCCCAAUGAGCUCCAGGACGGGGACCCCGGCGCUUCCCCCGAGGACCUGGACUUGGAGCAGAAGGUGACGGCCGCCAUCUUGCAGCAAAAUGGCGCCUCUCGACCCCCGGAGCCGCUGCUCUGUUUCGAUGCCGAGGUCCGGCUGACGGCGGGGGGACAACGGGCGCUGCUCCGCCUGACCCCCACCCCAGGGCCGGGGCCGCUUUUUAGGGAUUUUUUCCAUUUUUUGAGGGUUUUUCUGCCCCCAAUGGUGCGGAGGAGGAUGGGGUGGAGGGGGGGAGGACAAUAAAUCAGUGACGUUUGGA